AUGGUCGGAAUUGUAUCGGCCGCCGGUUUAGUCGGCUUUCUCUCGGAGCCUGACCCAGAGCUCAAGGUCUUUGCCUUAAAGACAUUAGAUACUCAGAUUGACCUCCUUUGGACAGAGGUUGUAAACGCUGUUCCUGAGAUUGAGGCUCUUUACGAAGAUGAAUCAUUCCCAGAGCGAGAACUUGCAGCCUUGGUUGCCUCAAAAGUAUACUACCAUCUCCAGGAAUAUAACGAAAGUAUGGUCCUUGCUCUCGGCGCGGGCAAGUUGUUCAACCUGGACGACGGUGGCGAGUACGAGGAGACUAUCAUUGCGAAAUGUGUUGAUACCUUCAUUUCUCUAUCUGCUGCCCAGCGACCAACCGCCGGUGACCAGGCUGCGAACUUGAACACUUCAUUCCCAGCAUCCAACGACGGAGCUACCAGCACAUCUGCAAGCCUAACCUCUCCAAUUACACCCUUCUCCAAAUCCGCUCUACCCUCCAAAUCUCUGCUAUCACGCCAAGAGGUUCCCGGUAUUGACUCCGCUCACCCCGGUGGCGAGGAUAUCAGUGUUCGGCACGCCGAGAGCCCUCUGGUCCUGAAGCGUGGCGUUCAAGUUCAGCUGCAAGCUGUUAUUGAGAGACUGUUCGAAGAGUGCUUCCGUCAAAAGCGCUAUCGCCAGGUGAUCGGUAUUGCUAUUGAGGCAAAGGACAUGGAUGUGCUUCGCACGGCUAUUAUCAAGGCUAGCGAGGAUGAGAAGAAGCAGCAGGGUGAAUCUCAUCGGAGUGAGGAACUCAUGGAAUACGUCUUGGAUAUCUGCAUGAGCAUUGUUCAGGAGCGCGCUUUCCGUAACGAGAUUUUGAAGCUCAUUCUCGACCUGCUCAAUGAGAUCCCCUCGCCUGACUAUUUCUCGAUCGCCAAAUGUGUCGUAUACCUUAAUGAACACUCGAUGGCUUCCAAUAUCCUUCGUCAACUUGUCGAAAAGGGCGAUGCGCGCUCCCUCGCCGUAGCCUACCAGAUCUCGUUUGAUCUUUAUGAUAACAGUACUCAAGAGUUCCUUCAAAAAGUUCGACAGGAGAUCGCUGAACUUGUGCCUGAAAAGGAAGCUGAGAAGGAGAACACCGAAGAAGAACCCCAAGAGUCUGACUCGUUACUUGCUAAUCAAUCAAGCUCUCGGCCAUCGGAUGGUGUUUCAGACGAGUCAAUCUCUGCAUUCAAGAAUAUUCUAGCCAUCCUUGAUGGUAUUAAGAGCAUCCAGUUGAAUUUGGAAUUCCUCUACCGGAGCAACAAGGCCGACAUUAGCAUUUUGAAUAAAAUUCGCGACAGUCUCGAAGCUCGCAAUUCCAUUUUCCACACCGCAGUCACCAUUUCCAACGCCUUUAUGCAUGCUGGAACAACUCAUGACAAGUUCUUCCGUGAUAAUUUGGAGUGGCUUGGCAAGGCUGUGAACUGGUCCAAGUUUACUGCCACUGCUGCUCUUGGUGUAAUUCACCGUGGCAAUCUCAGCCAAGGUCAAAAGCUCCUGCAGCCGUACCUGCCCCGAGAGAAUAUUGCUGGAGUUGGAGGCUCGGGCUCUGUUUAUAGCCAGGGUGGUUCUCUUUAUGCAUUCGGUCUCAUCUAUGCCAACCACGGCGGCAUGGCUGUUGACCUCAUUCGUGACCACUUCAAGAAGGCCACUGAGGAGGUUGUCCAGCAUGGUGGUGCUUUGGGUCUGGGUGUUGCAGGUAUGGCUACCGGCGAUCAGGGAAUCUACGAUGAUCUCCGUAAUGUUCUCUACACCGACUCUGCGGUCAACGGUGAGGCUGUCGGUCUAGGCAUGGGUCUCGUCAUGCUUGGAACUGGCAAUAUGUCCGUACUUGAGGACAUGAUUCAAUAUGCCCACGACACACAGCAUGAGAAGACAAUUCGGGGUCUGGCUAUGGGUAUGGCUUUGAUCAUGUAUGGCCGCCAGGAGGCUGCUGACGAGCUGGUCAACGGUCUUCUUGGAGACCCCGAUCCAACCAUCCGCUAUGGUGGUAUUAUGACGAUCGCUAUGGCCUAUUGUGGUAGUGGCAGCAACAAGGCUGUCCGCAAGCUCUUGCACGUAGCCGUUAGCGAUGUCAAUGAUGAUGUUCGCCGUAUUGCUGUGCUGGCUUUGGGUUUCAUCCUGUUCCGCAAGCACCAGAGCGUUCCACGCAUGGUUGAGCUGCUUUCCGAGUCAUACAACCCUCAUGUCCGUUACGGUGCCGCUAUGGCUCUUGGUAUCUCCUGCGCGGGUACUGGAUUGGACGAGGCCAUUGAUCUCUUGGAACCCAUGCUCAAAGACUCGACUGACUUCGUUCGCCAGGGUGCUUUGAUCGCACUUGCUAUGGUCCUUGUCCAGCAGAACGAGGCCAUGAACCCCCGUGUCACUAGCCUCCGAAAGUCUAUGAUGAAGAUGAUCGGUGAUCGCCACGAAGAUGCGAUGGCUAAGUUUGGCUGCGCCGUGGCCCUUGGUAUCAUUGAUGCCGGUGGCCGUAACUGUACCAUUAGCUUGCAAACCCAGACUGGUAACCUCAACAUGCCAGGUAUCGUCGGUGCUGCCGUCUUCACGCAGUACUGGUACUGGUUCCCUCUUACUCACUUCCUGUCUCUCAGCUUUACUCCUACAUCAGUAGUCGGUGUGGACCAGAAGUUGGAGGUCCCCUACUUCAAGUUCCACAGCAACACCCGCCCUAGCCUCUUCGACUACCCUCCUGAGCAGCAAGUGAAGACUGAGGAGGCUCCCGAGAAGGUUAAGACCGCUGUGCUUUCCACUACAGCCCAGGCCAAGCGUCGUGCUCAGCGUCGGGAGAAGCAGGCACGCCGGGAGAGCAUGGAUAUUGAUCAAACACCUACCACCCCCAAGAUAACUGAUCAACUACCCGAGAAGAUGGAUACCGAUGAGCCUGCCAAGGGUGAAGGUGAAGAUAAUAAGGAAGAAGAGAAGAGCGCUACUGAGGGCCAGAAGAAAAAGGCUGAGCGGGAGAAGGUUGGAUAUGAGCUGGACAAUAUGUCCCGAGUGCUUCCCGCUCAGCUCAAGUACCUAACAUUCCCCGACCCGCGUUACGAGCCUGUCAAGAGGCCCACUGGUGGUGUUGUUGUAGUCCUUGACAACCAACCCGAUGAGCCCCGUGAGAUCGUCGAGUUGAAGGCUAGUAAAGAGACCCGCCAACCGGCUGCCCCGACCGAAAGCCUCCAAGAUCGCCUUCAGGCCGCCGUUAGCGCUGCCACAUUGCAGACUCCUCAACGGGCUGCAGCUCGGGCCGCCUUGUCUGACUUCACCUCGUUGUCUGGUGGGGCUGGGGCUGCUGCUGGGGCUGCUGCUGCUGCGGGCGUGCUUACUGCCGUGGACGAGGACGAGGAAGGAGACGAGGAUGCACCCCUUCCAGCUGACUUCACUUAUGAGACAGAUGGGGAUGAAGAGUAG